ACAUUACUUCUCCAUGGGAAUCAUGUGACAGCUCCAGGGUUGUUAUAAAGAGAUCGCACAGUAUGUGUGUGGCAGCACUUGGCAUGCAUUCACCCACAUGUCUGACAGUGUCACUGGCAGCCUUUAUCCCCACUCACUGCACUUCUUCCUCAUUCUGUGUAAGAUGCUUUUUCCCAGCCAAGUUUGCUGGUGGCUGUUAUUGUUGUUCUGGUCGUGUGUUGGAGUCCCCCUUUCUCGGUCUUCCCUCCUCUCUCACUCCCUCCCUCCGUUUCCUCUCCUCCGCUGCGUUCUACUCUAUAUGUGGCUCUCAGGCAGCUCUGCUCCAAAUGUUUUCCAUAUUAGUUCAGAGCCCUCUCUGAUUCCAAAUAGCAGGGCUUUGCUCAGAGAAGAGCCACUAGCAGGGCAGGGAGGGGAGGAGAAGGGGAAAGAAGGGAAGGGCAGGGCAGAGGGGGUGGCAGGCAGCACAGUGGAAGGGCAGUCAGGCGAAAGAGAGCAGAAGAAAACGCGAGAAGAGGAAGGAGAGGACAAGCAAAAACAGAGAAAAGCCCCCAGUUGACCUUUUAGAGGAAGAGUAAGUCCAGGGGUGGAGGUCAGGAGGAAGUAUGGGGUCAGAGAAGAGUCCAGCAGGGUCCGGUGGAGGAGAGAGGCAGGCCAGGCCGGAGGACGGCCAUACGUGCUGCGGUUGCCGCUUCCCACUGCUCAUCGCCCUGCUGCAGCUGCUGCUGGGCAUCUCCACGGCCGUCGUGGCCUUCCUCAUGGCCACCAUCAGCCCCUCUCUGCUGGCCAGGGAGACGCCUCACUGGGCCGGCAUCAUCAUGUGUGUGGUGUCUAUAGUGGGAUUUGUCCUUGACUGUAUCACUUACCUGCCUGAUGAGAGAACCUCCAUGCAGUUCAUCAUAAAGCUUCUCUACUUCCUCCUGUGUUCAGUGGGGGUGGUCAUCUCUAUCCUGGUCAUCGCCUUCCAGGGCCACCACUACUCCCUGACCAACGGCUUCACGUGCAAGGAGAUGGGUGAGAACUGUGUGUGCACACUGGAGCCUGAAGACCCCAUCGCCCGCACCUUCACCUACACCGAGGUGAGCAACUGCUUGGCUGUCAUGAGCACGCUCAUGCUGUACUACCUGCUGCAGAUGGUGCUGAACCUGGCCCAGGCCAUCGUCUGCAUGCUGGGGGCCUUCAUCAUGUGGAAGCACCGCUACCAGAUGUUCUUCGUGGGGCUGCAGAUGGGGUCCCCCACCAGCCAGCACUGGCAGAAGGUUUAGGGGCAGGACCGAGGGCCAAGAACUGGGAGAAGGAAUGAGAAGAAGAAGAGGAAGAAAAUUCUCCUGGGGAGGAAAUGUGUGGAGUGGGUGAGGGUGUGUUGAGGGAAAGGUCAGAACUUGCCCUUUCUGAGCAAUGUGUGUGUGUGUGCCUGAUGUGUACUGUAAAUGUGCGUGUGUGGUGGUGGUGGUGGUGGGAGGGUAUACCUACAAGCAUCUUGCUUAGAGUGCUAUUGGCACACUGUACUGUUGUGGCAAAUGAUACAGUCCCUUUUUAGAGCUGUUGUAUUUUUCUACACUGGCUUCUGGACAUUUCCACUAAUGUAAAUCUGUUCUUGCCUUUGCCAGUGCAUUUUAGUGCCAAGGAGGAUAUUUUUAUCUAUUGAACUGAAUUUGAGAUGCUAUAAGAGAGCAUUAAUUCUGAGAGAGUUAUGUAUUUGCUCUACUGUAGUAUCUGUUUGCAUUGGAUUUUUAUUAUACUGAUGGCCUUAAGAGUUAGCACAGUCAAAUGACAAAUCACCACUGUUAACCUCUCAGCGAAAAGCACUGCUAAGAAUUUUAUACCUAACAUUUGAAUCAGUUCACUUUUUCUAAAGAUAUGUUAAAUAACACUGUAACCAGGUUGAUUGAGUCUCCAUAUUAUUGUGUGUAACCUAGAGAAGAUAAAAGCAUUUCCAACUCGUAGCACA